GCAUCUUAAGAAGAUGGCGUUCAAGAGAACGAGACACGAAGCUCUCCUCUCAGUGCUUCGAGCCUGAGAGAGUCCCUUGGCUCAAACAUGGCUGCCUCUUCUCUUUCCUUGUGCGCUUCAUUCGCCUCCAAUCUCACCCUCUCUCACAAGCAACAAGCGUCUUCAUUCCUCUCUACUUCUUCUUCCUCUUCCACACUCUCCCACUUCUCUCGCCUUCCCUCUCCCAAGCUCUCUUCCCAUUCCAUUUUCUCCCCACGCCUUCCCUUCCCAUCCCUCCCCAAAUCAUCGGAAUCUGAGACCGCACUGGCUGAAACUGAAUCUCCGGUGGCUCAGGUUGAACCUCAGGCAUCGGAGGUUGGAGCCGUCGAAGCUGUCGAAGCCUCCCCUCAAGAGCAGGCUCCGAAGCGGGAAGAAGUUUUUGCUGUUGUAAUGAUUGGUUCACGCCAAUAUAUCGUUUUUCCUGGGCGUUUCAUAUAUACUCAGAGGCUCAAAGGUGCUAAUGUUAAUGAUAAGAUCACCCUAAAUAAGGUGUUACUGGUUGGCACAAGGACAACUACCUAUAUUGGUAAACCAGUGGUGACAAAUGCUGUUGUUCACGCCACUGUUGAAGAGCAGGGUUUAGAUUCGAAAGUGAUUGUCUUCAAGUAUAAAAGAAAGAAGAAAUACAGGAGAAACAUUGGUCACCGACAGCCAAAUACACGGAUAAGGAUAAAUAGCAUCUCAGGCUAUGAGGACUACCCAGCAGUUACCCUGGAUUCUCUGAACUCUUAGGAUAGAUUCAAAUCUCUAUUCUGCCAAUGUCUGUAUCUUUCUCAAUGUUACAUUUAAAUUUUCUUUAAUCAAUGAUGAGGUUGCAGAAAGUUUUAUCUCGCCUGUUCUUACAUUUUCAUGUCCAUGUUUUGAUUUUCAUGAACCAUUGUCAGUCUAUGCACAACGAUCAAAUGUAGUUUGUGAUGCAUAUAGCUGUCAUUUUGCUGUCAGGGUAAGAAUAAUGGGGUGCAUUUAUUUAUUGUUUAA